AAUAAUUAGGAGUUGAAGAGAGAGAACGCUACGGCACUGUGUGUUUCUACGCAACCUUUUCUUCUCCAAUGGCGUCUCUCUUCCAAUGCCACCACACCCUUCACCCCCUUCACCCCCUUCUUCGUCUCGCCUUCUCCUAAUAUGUGAGUGCUUCGUUUUUUCCCUCUCUGGAGUUCUUCUGUUGCUGCCCACAUGAUAAAAAUUUGUUCUUGAUUCCUAGAUCCCAUGUUGUUGUUGCGGCAAUGAUGUUUUGUUUUGUUUUGGAAAAUUAAGGUGUAUUAGUUUGUCGUUGAUCGGUUGAAAACCCCGUAUGAUCUGUGUAUCCAAUUAAUUUUUCUUUCAUGGGGCUGCGUAUAUCUGCAUUGUAGUUGGAAUUUGCUUGUUGAUGACGUUGGCAUGUUACUGUGCGGACAUGCUUGCUGAUUGUUGUUUUUGCGUUAUCAGAGUGAUCCAUGAUUCUGGCUUUGCUUGGUUGACGCUGAUGGGGUUCGUUUUCUCUGGUGAUGAUCACUAGGUGAUGCUGUGUGAGUUAGAUGGUUUGUUCUUUAUCUCACGUGUUUGUGGAAUUUUCUAUUUGAAGAGAGACAGAGAGAAGUGUGUUUGACAAGUAGUGGAUUUUUCUUGGAAAGAAUCUUUUUGUGGUAAAGAUAUGUUCUUGGGUGGAGGGAGGUAUUUGGUUUGGAAUUAAUUUUUUCACUUGGGGUAGGAUGGAUUUGCAGAACAACAUGCAGCCUGAAUUGGGCAAAUUGGAACAAAUUGUUUAUCAAUUUCUUUUGAAGUGCUUGCACGUCAUUUUGGACUCAAGGGUACCUUUGUUACGCCCCCAUGAUAGAAGUGGUGACUUGUCCAUAGGUUCUCGUGUGAGGAGGAGUGACAAGUGGUUUAACUUGGCUUUAGGUGAUAGGCCUUCUGCUCUGGAUAACUUGAACUUCUGGCACAGGAAUUUGAUGGAUCCAAUGAUAAUUGACAUUAUACUAGUUCAUGAUGUGGCUGGUUCUUCUGUUGAGACAGUCAUAGAGAGGUGGGUUGUUCAGUAUGAUUGUCCUCGUGUAGUGGCUCCUCAAACAGGUGACAUUACUAGCUCUUACAAGAAGACAUACCAGAAGUCAAUAGUACUUUUCCGAGCUCUUUACUCUCAGAUGAGGCUUCUCCCUGCUUAUAAGAUAUUCAGGCAGUUAAGCACAUAUAGUCAUAGUUGUAAUUUUGAUAUUGUUUACAAGGUCUCUUCAUUCAGUGAUCCUUUCUCUAGAGCAGAAGGGGGAAUGAUGGAAGAAUAUAAUUUCACUCCUAUUGAGGCUCUUCCUGGUCGCCUUUGUAUAUCUGUGACCUUCAGAACUGUGCUAUCUGAGUUCAACCUUGAGUGUUCAGCUUCAUUGCCAACCAAAAUAAUUACUGAUUAUGUUGGAAGCCCCAGUACUGACCCUUUGAGGUCUUUCUCUGUCUCUGAUAAGGGUGUUGGGGCCACUUCCUUUCCACUAAGAGGGAUAGCACCACCAUCUUCUUCACCACUUGAUCGUCCUCAUAGCUGGACUAGUGGUUUCCAUAGAGCAGCUCAUUUUGCACAGAACCAUCCUUAUGCUGGCUCCCCUCCAGUGUAUCGAGGUUCUUUCAAGCAGUAUGACUAUCCAUCCCCACCUAUUGAUAAUUAUGGUGUCAGAUUACCCAACCAUCGAUUGCUGAAUCAGCAAAGAUCUACUGGUUAUGAUGAGUAUCAACUUUCUCCUCCUUUCUCACCUUCACCAUCUCCAUCGCCACCUACAUAUUUCUAUGCUAGCAAUCCAAUACAAACUCACAUACGCUCUGAAACGGCCCCUGUAACUAUACCUCAUCCAGUAAUAGGAAGAAGCACUAGAAAUCUUUCUCCUAAUUUUUCAGAUCCUAGUCGAAAUUCUCUGCCACCUUUGUCUCCCAAAAAGAAUGAUGGUUCAUCCCAAGAGUCUCCAUCUGGAAUCAGGUCACUUAGGAAAUUAGACGCUUCAAGGACCGGUCAUAAGUUUGUCAGAGACAGCAAGGAUGAUUCGGGGAGGUUCUCAGCAUUGUUGUCCUCAAGUGGCUCACCACGCAUUGGAUUUUCAAGAACCUCAAGUAAAUUAUCAUUUCAGGAUGAGUUGGAUGAUGGUGACUUUUCGUGUCCUUUUGAUGUUGAUGAUGUUGAUGCACCAGAUGUUCAAUCCAGUCACAAUGUGGAUGGGAAGAAGAGUCCAGCAGAAAUGACUUCAACAUCACUGCCAAUUGGAAAAAAAUCACAAGAUGCUGCUGUUGGUGUUCUUGUGCACAUGCUGAGGACAGCGCCGCCAUUGCGCCAAGAUCCAAGCUGCUAUUCAUCCCAUUCCCCAAAGGCUGAACUUGAUGGAGGAGUUGCCACUGCUUCUGGUUUCUUCAUGCCACGAAAAACAGCAGAUGCACUUGAAGAGCUCAGGGGUUACAGAGAGAUGAGAGACCUUCUUCUUUCCAAGAGUGGCACUAGGAUCCUGAACAAGCAUAAAGCUUGAGCAUGCCAAAAUACUGGGUUCAUCAUCAAGGUUAUAAAAUAGUUGAGGGGGUGAUGCUGACUAAAGAGUGGUACUAAUCAAUUACAGUUAUACACAGCAACAAGCAGUUCUUUUGGGAAGAGAAUGAUCCAAUGGAUUUGUGUACAUAUCCUGACUGAAUGUUGGUUGGCUAGAAACACCAUUUUUAUAAUCACUAAAAUUAUGCUAAUUUUCUCUCAGUCCUUAUAGACAUUGUAGUUAUGAUAUGAGGAACUUGCAUACCUAUUGUGUUUGGCAAUGACAAAGGCUGGAAAAAGAAUGUUACUGCUAUUUUGAAAGAAAAGGUUGCUGAAUUUCUUUGUAAAGAUGCAUGCAGGCAAACACUGCUUUGAAUGUAUAUUGACUUUUCUUUAUCA